CGGAACUACAAAGUAAUUGCAAUUAAUUAAGAUUUCUAGAUAGUAUCAAAUAUGAGUUCCCAAUUUUUUUGUCACUUGUCAACCCGUUCCCAAUAUCACAUUAAAUUCAUCAAUCUUUCUCUCUCUUGAUACAAGGAAGUCUUGGACAACUUGGGACUGGAUUAGCAAAAUCACUAAGGAAAAUAUAUGGAAAAGAAAAUGUAAUUAUGUCAGAUAUCAUUAAACCUCCCAGAGACAUAAAAGAAAGCGGUCCUUAUAUUUAUGCUGAUAUUUUGGAUUUUAAGAAUCUUCAAGAAAUUGUGGUAGAUCAUCAAAUUGAUUGGCUUGUUCAUUUCAGUGCUCUAUUGAGUGCUAUAGGAGAACAAAAUGUUCCUUUGGCAAUGAGAGUAAAUAUAGAAGGACUGCAUAAUGUCAUGGAGCUUUCGAAACAAUACCAACUUAAGUUGUUUGUUCCUAGUACAAUAGGAGCUUUUGGUCCCGAUUCUCCAAGAAAUCCAACACCCGAUCUCUGCAUUCAAAGACCUAGAACAAUUUAUGGUGUUUCAAAAGUUCAUGCAGAGCUUUUAGGAGAGUAUUAUAACUAUCGAUUUGGACUGGAUUUUCGCUGCCUGAGGUUUCCAGGUGUGAUUUCUGCAGACACUCCUCCAGGUGGAGGAACUACAGAUUAUGCAGUACAAAUAUUCCACGAUGCAAUAGAAAUGGGAAGUUUUCAAUGCUAUUUGAAACCAGAUACUAGAUUACCAAUGAUUUAUAUUGACGAUUGUAUCCGUUCAUUGGUGGAGAUAAUGCAAGCACCAGAAUCUUCACUUCGAAUGAGGACAUAUAAUAUUAACGCCAUAAGUUUCACUCCAGAAGAAAUUGCUGAUGUCAUAAAAAAGCACAUUCCUAACUUCACCAUCACUUACAAACCAGAUUCAAGGCAAGAUAUUGCUGACAGCUGGCCACAGAUCUUUGAUGACAGCAAUGCCCGGGCAGACUGGGGAUGGCAUCACCAAUACAAUUUGGAAGAACUGUGCCUGGUGAUGUUAGAACGUUUGAAGCAAAAAAACCACAUCAAUACAUCAAUGGUCAAUUAAUGUAAAUAUCCUACUAUGUUUACACUUAUUUUACCAAAGAUGUGAGUGUAAUUCUUAAAUGUACAUACUGAAAGGACCAAUAAUUUUCUAAACAAAUAUUUAAUAUCAGGAUCUUGACAUAUAAACUAUCAAAAUUAAUUUUGUCUU